UGUGAAUAAUGUGCUGGUAAACAAAUACAAUGCGUGUAUAUAAGCGUACAUCAGGUGGUGAGUUUCACAUCAUUCGAAUUUGUGUCAUCUGCUAGUUAAGUGUGGAAUAUACUCUAAAAAUAACUUAAUAUGUUGGUGUUAUUUCUAACAAUCUUGCCAUGUUUGGUGAUAGCUCGACCGCAAGAGCACGCAGCUGUCGCCAAUCAUGGCGGCGAAACGACACCCAUUCCGAUCAUUAACUCAGCUUCUGAAGUGGGCGAAGAUGGCAGUUUUAAUUACAGUUAUGAAACUGGUAAUGGCAUUCAUUAUCAACAAUCAGCGUAUACAAAGAAAGUGCCAAUCAUUGAUAAAUCAUCGACUGAUCAAGAAGAUCAAGUGAUUCAAGUGAUGACAGGCUCAUUUUCUUAUCCUGCCCCGGAUGGCAGUAUAAUUAAUCUGACUUACGUGGCCGACGAGCAUGGAUUCCAGCCGCAAGGCGAGCACUUGCCGACGCCACCGCCCAUUCCGGCCGAGAUCCAAAAGGUCCUCGACACGCUGCCGCAAUUGAGCCAAGAUGACGAUGCUCAAAAUGCACCUCCACCAACAAAUCAUCAAUAAAUAAACAAAAAAGAAACACUAUUAAUAGUUCAGUACUAAAAAGUAAAAAAAAUAAUUAUGUGAAUAUAAAGGAUAACAGUUUAUAAAUAAUUUGUGAUAUAAUACAAAAUAUCUCUUAACAAAAAUGUAAAUAUUCAAAUAUUUAAGUAAAACUUGCUUAUAUUGGAUUGAGGUUAACA